CUCCUCCAGAUGUCAGCGAGCAACUAUGCAGCAGAACAGGAUGUCAGAUUAAGGAGUCUCCGGCGAAACCCGUGCCGAGGCCGGCAGCCGGAGCCAGGAAGGGAGGGCGCUGGGUGGUGCCGAGCACCCGCAGCCGCUCGCCCGGCUCUGCCCUCCCGGGCACUGGGUGCUGGCGUGGCCGCUGCGCCCUGGCAGAGCAGCUCCCGCGGGGCUGCGACGCACGCAGCCACCGCGCUUCUCCGGGGCUGAGCACGGUGCUGCUGUGGGGCUGGGCUGGGCUGUGACCCCAGUCGGCUCUGCUGCUCCUCCUGCUGCAGCAGCACCCGGCAGUAAGGAGCUUGCCGCGCUCGGGAUGAGUUCGGCUUGGCGUGGCUGCAGGUGAGGAGCUGGCUGCUGCCACGCGUGCCCGGCGAGCCCCGCGCAGCCUUAUCUCUGCUGGGAGGGCGAGUUAAUGUGUAAUCCGGCCCUGUUUGGUUAGCACGGAAAAGCAAAGAGGUCCUGGGAUAGGCACGGCCAGGACAAGGAUUUGGGCGCCACGGAACGACAGCCAUCCUGCCGGGCUAUCCCAGCCUGUGCCGGACACCGCGGCAGCCCGUGACAUGCCUGGGAAGGAGGUGGGGCUGGGGAUGGCUGGCUGCAACUCCGACAGCUGCGACAGCAUGGUCAGCACGGCCUCCAACCACUCGCAGCGGAGUGAUAACAGCUAUGACUAUUUAUCUGUGGAAGAGAAAGAGUGCUUGAUGUUCUUGGAAGAAACCAUCGGCUCGCUGGAUGCCGAAGCAGACAGCGGGGUUUCCACCGAUGACACCGACUACGCGGAGCCCCCCAGGCCACGGCCCAAGAGAGACGCCGCUGCCCGGGAUUUGGAGAACGGGGCUCCUCCUCCCGGCACAGGCCAGCAGCGUGCAGCUGAGCAGAGGGGUGGCGAGAGCUCCUCCAGCCCAGCUCCAGCAGCCGUUCCAAGCCCAGGCUACUACAGUCUUCCAAGGAGCAUCACUACAGCAAAUGUACAAAGAGCAAACCAGGUUCCUGAUGGCAAAGUGGCUGUACACGAUGUGAAGGACCCAGCGCCACCAGGUAAAGCUUCCCAGGAGAUGGCUGAGGAGGACAGGCUUGGCCAAGGCAACCUAAGAACCCAGGUGAAACCCCUGCUUAUCCCACCUCCAGCUCCCUUCCAGGAUGACCUGGUGAGCCGUGAAGAGCAGCCACGGAGGAGCAGCUUGGAUGCCAAGUGGGAAAACACGGAGGAAAGCUGGACACGGGCCGUGCCACCCCGGCCAGCCCCAGAGCACGCAUCUGUCCCUGAUCUUACAUUGCCACCACACCAGGAGAUGGGGAGGGAGAGCACAGCACUUCCUCAGGGCCAGCUGGAGCAGCCAGCACCACAGGAGGCCCCUCAGGACCCUGAAGCCAAGCGUGGGCCUCCAACAGCCCCCAAGCCACGCAAACUGCCACCAAACAUUAUCCUGAAAACCAGCAAAAACAGCCCGGUGCUGCUUGCCACAGAGCCUGGCCAGAAGGUGAAAAUCCCCCCUCCAGCACCCGCCGGCUCUCAGCCCGGCUCUGCCAGCGAUGCCGCUGCAGAAAAGGUGAAUUCAGGGCAGCUCGACCCCAAGGAGCGGGAGAAAGCCAGGCGGGAGGCGCUGGAGAAGCUGGGGCUGCCCCAGGACCACGGGGAGCCCCGCACCCGCCAAGGCCCUGCCCCUGCUCCCCGCGGCGAGCACAGGGCGACGGAGAGCGCGGCCCCGGGCGCAUGGGCGAUGCACUUCAAGUCCAACACCCUGGAGCGCUCCGGCGUGGGGCUGGGCAGCUGCAUGGCCAGCGCCAAGGAGCCGGCCACCAAGGGCAGCAGCUCGCUGGGCAAGAUGUCCUUCAUCGAGCGCCUCGCCCCCAGCUUCCUCCGCAGCAGCCGCCCCCGGCCGGCAUCGCUCGGGGCGGGGAAGGACUUCGCGGCUCUGAAGGAGCCCCCCGAGCCAGAGAAGAGCAGCAAGCGCAGAUCGCACCCGCUGCAGAGCUUCCCCCGGCCGCCCCGCUCCUGCGUCAGCGUCAAGAUUUCCCCCAAGGGAGCCACCGACGAGCACCGGCGCGAGGCGCUGAGGAAGCUUGGCCUGCUGAAGGAGUAGCGAGACCCCCGGCACGAGGGGCUCACCCCGCGGGGAUUUCCUUGGGGAUGUGGCCAUCAGAACCUGCUGCCGUGAGCCCAGCAUCUCAGGAGGGGGGACAUUGGGUCCUGCUGCCCCCAGAGCUGCGCUCAUGCCAAAUAAAGCGAUGCCACCUGUACAUAAGGUUUUGUACAUAGCAAGGGGUGAGUUAUUUAAAGAAGCUGGCAGUCAGAACUUGGACGGGGUGCGUCUCUUAUGUCUUUAAUGCAUCUGGAGUCUGUCACAGUGGGGAAACUGUGGAUUUUGCUUGUUUUAACACGGGUUGGCUCUGGAUAAAAGCUCUCUGGAGGGAAGUGCUGGACUCUGCUGCUCACUUUGGGAUUUUAUGGUGGUUUUUUUUUUUUUUUUGGUAAAUUAAUCAAAAGCCUCCAAGGCCUGAGUGCUCACCUGCCCCACGCAUACACCUCCCCAAAGCCACAACUGCCACAUGUAAAACUGCCAGGCUGACAGGAGCUGGAAGCGUGCAUCAGUGCUCCUCAGACAGUGACUGUGCUCACACCUGGCCCUGAUAACCCUGGGUACACCGCUUAGAAAUAAGACACAAACAUCAGCGUUCAUCAUGAAAAGAGAGUUAAGAAGUGACAGAUUGUGUUUUGGUGACAGAGCCAGAAAUGCUGCCCAAAGCCAGAAAGAUGCAAAUCAGAAAACACCAUCUCAUUCCCUUUCUGCUCUCCCUGCAUCCUUGAGACCCAAAAUUUAUGCUGUGCACCUUUUAUGACAAAGGUGUAUUAUUCCUGUAAUAAAAUUUAUGUGAUCGU